AUCACGGGCCGCUGGAGGCGGUCACGAUGGUCAUCCAGGAAACCCGGAGCGCCUGGAAGUUCUGGCGUGGGUGGCGGUAGCUCUUCAGAUUGGAUCUGGUGCAUUCAGUGUCCAGCUAGACAUAGGAUAGCGGAGCUCCAGGACAAGCGCCCCUGGACCGCCAGGCCCGGCCGGACAGCCAGGACAAGACGGCUCAGAAGGAGUCCAGCCAGAGACACCGGACCCCAGGACCAGCCGGAGACGCUGGGGCGCCUGGAGCUCCAGAGGUGAUGGUCGGCCUGGACGUGCCAGUCAGCCCGGAAAACGAGGACGAGGACUGCCAGGACCGGCCCGGGCUCCAGGACCAGCUGGACAAGCCGGUCAGCCAGGACAGGAUGGACAGCCAGGAGUUCGGAUCCGCAGGGCUCUCCAGGACCGGCCGGACCAGAUGGCCAGCCCGUCCAGCCAGGGAAGCGACAGACAGCCAGAGGCGCCGGGAGGCGGCGGACCGGGAAGCGAUGCUGUGAGUUCCAGGCUUCCUGCUUCAUAUCGAAACUUUUCAGGCCUAUUGUCGCUUGCCCCAACCGUAGCGGCGGCGCUGUCGAAGUCGACGCGCCGCCGUCAACGUUCAAUUAGCGCCUACAAUCAGCGUAGCGAUCGCUACACGACACCGAAGCAAUCGCCAAAGCACCGUGCCGUGGCGACCAGCGAAGAGUUGUCGCCGCUGCGGCCCGACAAAGUCGCUGCGAAGCAACGCAUCAUAUCUUCCGAGGUGAAAAAUCUGUUGUUUUUGCCGAAAACAAGAACGUAUUCAGCAAUACGUGUAACACGAUUCCUCUAGACGGCGAUUGUUUUUAUCCAUUCUUAUCCGGCUUCGAAUCUCAUUAUCGAAGCUCAAAGCUGAUGAAUAUAGUGGCCGGGGGAUUAAUUAAAUUUUUGGAGGAGUUGAUCAAAUCAGAGUGUGUUUAGCAUAUUUCGGGCUUCGUCGGCGUCGAACCAUCUGGCAGCUCUGAGAGAUCCGACAUCAACGUAUACGACACUCCACUACUCGGCUCUCAAAGGACAUGAGCAAAUCAGCAAGUAUGAGACGUUUUGACAUUCCGAUGGACAACGGAUUUUAAAAAUAUAAAAACGCUUUUCCACUCAUUUGAAAAUAAGUUUAAAUAAGUGGAAAAAUAUCUGAUAGUUCCGAAACGCAGAAUAUUCUGUUCUGUCAUGAAUUGUUGCCAAAAAGGCUUUUCAAGAAGGAAUAACCUUACAAGUCACUUUGAUUUUGCCUGUCUAUUUAGACGUGUAUAACAACAAAAACUGAGUUUUUUUGUCAAUUUUCACGCUUGAUUCUUCGAAAUUUUCAAAAUUUCUAGUUAACUGAGGCGAAGAAAUAGAGUGUGUGAUAAACAUAAAAAUCAUGAACGACAAAAAUAAACGCUAUGCUUCACCUUUUUGUAUUCUUUUGAGUCAUAUAGAUACUUUUUUGAGGUUUCGAAAAUGAAUAAACUUUUUGAAGAAAGAAAGUUGAAAGGGAAAAUGAUCUAAUGGAACUUCAUAACUUUUUGACCUAACAAAAAUUUUUCCUUUUCUGGCAUAAUUUUUGUUAUUUCUUCCCUGUUUUGAAACAUUUUUAAUGUUAAAUUUUGAAAAACUGUUUUUAUCAAAAUAUUUUUGCUCAGUAGCUCAACUCGAAUCAAGAAUUUUUAUUAUCAAAAACCGCUAUCAGAAAACUAAGUACAAAAUUUUUCACAUAAGAAGAACUUUUACUCGAAACUGUGCAUACUACAGUGCGGGACAAAACUAUAAGACCCCCCUGGUUUUUCAAGUUUUUGGAAAAGGCAGAUGUCCUAGACUGUUGACGUCAAUAGAUUUUGCGUAUUUGAAAAACCUACGCAUACCAAGUUUUGGUCUCUGUCGGUUGCCGUUGAAGCGAAUGAGAAAGGAAAAAAACGAAAAUUAGGUGGGACAAAAACUAUAAGACCCCUCUCUUUUUGAUUAAAAUCAAACUUUUUACCCAGAAUCACUUUCACUGUUCCAGUAAAUUUCUGUUCAUAACAACUUUGAGCAUCUUUCAGCUGCGGUUGAACUUCUUUUUCAAUUUGAGAAAUCUACGAAAUUUGUUUUUAAAUUUUGAAUUUUUGUUCUUUGAAACUUUGGGCUUUCUGGCUGUUUCGUUUCAGAGAGCAACCAAAAAUUCUGUUACAUUACUGAAGGUUAAACAUUUGAGAAUGAUUGUAUAGCAAAAACCCGAUCAAAAAGUUUGAAAGACUCGAAAAAUAUGACUUUUUGAUGAUCAAAACCGUCAUUCUAACGGGUUGAGGCUGAAAUUCCAAGUAUUACUCCAUGAGAUGAUACUCGACGAAGAAGAAUUAGUCUUGGCAUGUACUUAAGAAACUUCAGCUUCUCAUCGGAUACAAUUUGAAGUCUAAAGGCACACUAUUUAGUUUGCUAACAACGGUUUUUAAAAAAAUCCUUUGGUUCACUUUGAUGGUCUUUUUCAGAAACUAACUUUUUCGUUUUAUUUUUAUUUGCGCUCUGAAUUGUUUCCAACCAUUAAUAGAGCAACAUGUACACAAUUCAAAAAUUUGAAAAUUUUGAAAUUAUAUAAAAUUAAAAAAUCGUUUUAUGGGUCGGUUAACUUUUUUUCCAUUAUUGACGUCAAUCAAAAUGGGUAGAGGCUGAAGCGAACAAAAAUUUUUUUCUCGGUUUUUCGCAUCAAAGUUUAUUUUGAAACGUUCUUAAACACGUUUCCAGCUCAAUUGAAGCUUUAUUAGCAUGUGUAUCAUGUAGUAAUACUUAUAAUUUCAGCCUCAACCCGAUAGAAUGACGGUUUUUGAUCAUCAAAAAAUCAUAUUUUUUUCGAGUCUUUCAAACUUUUUUUGAUCGGGUUUUUGCUAUACAAUCAUUCUCAAAUGUUUAACCUUCAGUAAUGUAACAGAAUUUUUUUGGUUGCUCUCUGAAACGAAACAGCCAGAAAGCCCAAAGUUUCCAAAGAACAAAAAUUCAAAAAUUUAAAAACAAAUUUCGUAGAUUUCUCAAAUUGAAAGGGAAGUUCAACCGCAGCUGAAAGAUGCUCAAAGUUGUUAUGAACAGAAAUUUACUGGAACAGUGAAAGUGAUUCUGGGUAAAAAGUUUGAUUUUAAUCAAAAAAGAGAGGGGGUCUUAUAGUUUUGUCCCACCUAAUUUUUUUCGUUUUUUUCCUUUCUCAUUCGCUUCAACGGCAACCGACAGAGACCAAACUUGGUAUGCGUAGGUUUUCAAAUACGCAAAAAUCUAUUGACAUUAACAAUCUAGGACAUCUGCCUUUUUCCAAAAAACUUGAAAAAAACCAGGGGGCCUUUAUAGUUUUGUCCCGCACUGUACGAACUCAUAUUGCCCGAAAAGAAAUUCCAUUCUCAUUGUAUACCGGAGCGAGUUGAAGAAGUUGAUUGAUGACUUCCGCUGAUUCAGACUGUUGCUGGACUUCGAGGUCCAAUUAGCCAUGUGCAAGGACAAGCGAGGCUGCGUGCCACUCCAUCUCGCCGCUUGGUGCGGUCACUUCAACAUCGUCAAGGUGAGAACGCCCUCCGUUCAUUUUUCAUCCGGGUUCAGCGAUUUAUCGCUGGGUUUUCUAGGUAAUUCGACGGAUUUAGACCUUUCUUGUUUGUUAGGAUGAGAAAGGAUUCUAGAAUUCUAGGGAUCAGUCAAACUUUUAAAAUAUAAAUUUUCAACUUGAAAAUCAGAUUCAUGAAAAGCUGGAAAGUUGGAAAUAAGGGAAAUUUGCCAAAAAGUUUUUUUGCACAAUUUCAAAAGUUUUGAAACUAUUUGAGCCCUAAAACAAGCGAGAAAUUCACAAAGUCUACGAACUCAGAGCUGAAGGUUUAAAAUAAAACAUUCUUUGAAAAAAAUUUGUAGAAAAUAACCUCAAAUGUUUCACCUAAACAUAUAAAAUACGGCAGCGACCUAGAAUGUUCAGAUGUUGAUAGCGGCUCUUCCUGAAAGUGUAGAUUACGCAAAUUCGACACUUGAGACUCCGAUGCAUCUGGCUGCUCAACAUGGACAUGGAGCUAUUGUGAAACUGCUCUUGGAGGUGAUUUUUUGAGGUUUUUGAAAAAAAAAAAGCUUUCAUAUUGUUUGUUCAUGAAUCAAUAAGCGAUAUUUCUCGUUUGUUAGCCGUAGAAGUACGAAGAUUAAUAGCUAAGGUUCGAAAAGAAAAUUUUUUUAGAGAUUAAAUCAAUAUUCGGUUUGAGCAACCUUGCUGAAGUCAACAUAAAAUCAUCACUUUUUUGAUUGAAUUUUUCAUUCUUAGUUUUCCAGCACGAUAACUUGAACACUUUUCGACCCAAACUGUGAUAUUUCUAUUUUGAAACUAUUUCAGAAGCGCGCCAAUCCAACACUUCGAAAUGUGAGAGGAGAAGGACCACUGGACAUUGCCGCCCGUCUUGGCCAUGCCGAAGUCUGCAACAUCCUGGCCAGAAACGUUCCUGAACUCACGCUUCAGGUACAACUAGCUUCCUUCUUUUUUUUCCUUCUGCUGGAAAUAGGAAGGGCUCGCAUUUCUAAAGAAGCCGUUAAAAACCUGAAAUUACGCAAACGCGAUCGUUUUACUUCGCGCCGCACUCCUUGCGUACGGCGGUGUCGUGUUACGGAUCUCUGAAAAGUUCUUGACGGGGGAAAAUGCGGCCAAAAUAAUAAAAAGUCGUUGAAGUUAGGGAAAUAAGUGUCAUUGUAGAAGAAAUGUUUCUAUUGAUGCUCGGAAGUAGAAGGGCUUUGAAGAGGGUUAGGAAUUGCAAUCGGGACAGACCUAUUUUCCGAACAUUUUUGGCCUUAAAUUCCCUCUUUUUCUCACAACUUUUGAAAAAUAUAAAAAAACAGCAAACCUGUAAAAAAAUUUUUUUUUAAUUGUUCUCAGAGCUUGCAGUAGCUUUUGCAAAUUAACGAAAUAGCCUAUUUCAAUUUUUUUCUAAUCUCAAAAAAAGCAAUAUUUAAUAGCAAUCAUUUUGAACAGCUUUUUUUGAAUAAUUUUUGAGUUUUUCUCCUAAAUUAUCUCAGAUGCUCAUUGGAAGUUUGGAAAAACGCUCACCUUGAAAAGUUUUUUUAAAUUCAAAAAAAUCUCUUCGAAGUAAACUAAGACUAUCAAAAAAGCUCCGAAAAAAAUUGGGAAGCUUUCAAAGAUUCUAGGAUCUUUAUUAAAUAGGCUGAAGUAUCCAGAAAAUUUCCAAAAAAUUCCUAACGGCGAUUCAAAACAGCCUUUCUAAUAAGAUUUUAUCACUGAUUUGAAAUUUCAGUCGGCUGCGGAAUCCUCGUCGACGACUCUCAACGAGAAGGCCGUCGUCGUGUACCCGUUGCACGCCGCCGCCAGAAAUUCUCAUAUUGAGUGUUUACAGGUACGCAACACUUAUUAACGGCAAAGUGUGCACACCAACAAAUACGGGACUGUCUUGUGAAUGGGAUUAUUCAGCCGCGAUUGUGAGAAAGGCUCAGUUUUGGAGUGUUGCAGUCAAGUGCUGUAGAGUUGGGGGAUUUACUGACUUUUAUUACUCCAUUGAAACUCUCAGAAACCUCCCGUAAGGUCGAAAAACUCAAUCUUUCAAGAGUUUCAAACUCUAAUUCACAGUUUCAGGAGCUUAUAUUAGCGGUAACUUUUCGAAAAGUUUAUUAAAAACGUUGAAUUGAGACUUUUAAAAAGACGGAAAAGUCUGAAACUGAGAAAAUUUGAAAAAUCGUCAAAUCUAGCAACAGGCAAAAAAUGAAAAAAAAAUCUUGCAAUACUCAUUUAUCAAAAAAUCAUCCUCUGGCUGUUUUUGGUUUGUCUCAAAUGACUAUUUUUAUAAUCACUGAGGUGGAGUAUUUUUUCAGAGUUUUGGGAUUUUUCGAAAGGAGUAGAUUACAAUUUUGUUUUUGUUCCUAUAAUCUUCUCGUACGUAAAAAACUUACUCCUUGUUUUCCAGGUGCUUCGGAACAACGGGUUCGACAUCAAUUUUGUCACCGAGGAAGGCUCUGCUCUACACGUUGCUGCUAUUUUCGGCCAAGUCAAAGCCGUCCGAUAUUUGAUUCGUGAAGGUGAGAAAUUUGGCGUUUUCUAUCUUACUUUUAAGUCAAAGUCGUGAGAUUUUAUUUAAAAUCAUGACCAGAAGCUUUAAAACUAUAAGUUCUUUUUGAAAAACAAAAACGAAAAUUUCGGCAAUAGUCUUCUAAAAUAAAAGCUCAAUCUGAGGCUCUCAGGCUCUUCUGGGAAAUUUUCGAUCAGUUUUCCGAAAGUCUCAAGAAUUAUGACCGUAUAUCCUCUAGUGAGCUUUCUUAAGAAAUUUCCAGCAUUUUGUGCAUAUUCCGGAAAUUAAGUUACGGCUGAAACUGAACAUUUUUAUUGCAGGCAUCAACACGGACAUCUGCAACUCGCGAGGCCAGACGGCUCUCGAAGCGUUGACGGAACGGGAAUCUCAAGGAGGCUCCGAAGUUACACAAAUCAUUCAAAGCAGAGAUGGAUGGGCAGAAUGUCGGCGACUGAUUGAAGGUGAUUCAUUGCCUCCAAUUGAUUUGAUGAAUCAAGCGAGUUCCAUUACUGAUGGGCUCCAAAACAACUGUUUCUUGAUUUUGGGGAACGAGAGGAGAAAACUCUUUUUUUUUGAGGAAGUUGAGUUGUAACAGGGAUUUUGGGCUCCACAGAGCUUGACAUGAGUUGUACAUGUUUCUUCGUUGGCUUAUAUUAUUACUAGCGCAGUUUUUAUUAUGUUCCACCCACGUUUCGAUAGAUUUAGUGAGUUUUCGACAUUUUCUGGUCCGAUUCCUCACUAAUUAAAUUGAAGAACUUUUCUAAUUAUCAAUGGAAAUUUUUGAAACCUUUGUUGGAAAGUCUUUCCGUUUAGAAGACCCCUUAAAAAAAUUUCUUUUAGCCUUCAAACUCUUUUUGAAAAAUAUAUGCGACGUAGUAAGUAAAGAUUUAGACCUAUGAAGUACUCAAAAAAAAUAUUUCUGAAUAAAGUUCUGCAACUUCUUACUUCGAAUUAUUUUAUUAUUACAAAGGGCAAACAUUUCGAGAGGUUGAGGCUUUCCUAAAAGGAUGAAUGAAUGAUAACUAUAACUAUUCAAAAAAAAGCCUACUUGAAGCAUAAUUUUUCAUAAUGAAUCAAUUCUUCCCUAUAAUUAUUUUCUUCACUUCGAUUUAAAAUUUCAGAAGGCACCAAAAGACUCCAGUCUGAUCAACUAAACUCAUCCAGUGACUCCGGGAUCGAUCGGAGGGAUUCGGAAAGAUUCACAAGAAGAAGCCAGUCAAACGAAAAUGAUCGCGACGUCAUUUGGAAGCAAUUACCGACCAACGCCAGUGGUGAGCUCAAGCUUCACUUGUUUCAGAUUUUAUUUUUGAUCUUAUAUUUUUUAGUUCAUUACCAAGACCAGCGAAAGCAAGUUCAACGCAUUAACUCACCUCUAUACCUAAAUGUGAGUUCUCCUGAAUUUUUUCUGAUUUUUUUAAAAUUCAGGCUGAUUUGCGAGGAGCUUCGCCGGGUGGUUCCACUGCUGAUUUGAGGUUAGAAACUUGAAAUUAAUGAACAUAUCGAUGAAAGUUUUAAUUUCAGCACAAUGAGCGACACUACACACGCUUAUCCUAGCACUACUUUGAACCGCACUUGGAAUAGCCGUAUGUAUGGUGAGCUUCACUUUUUUUGGAAUUUUUUCUCAAUGAUCAGACUUUUAUUGGUCGAAUCUGCAUCAAAAACGAAUGAAAUAAAAUCAGCUGGUAGGAAGUUGGAGAAAUUUAAAGUUGAAGCGGCGUGGAAAAUCUUCUGAGGUUUAAAUGAUGAUCUAAUGGUGUUUAUCAAAUUUGGGGCUUCAUGAUGAUCAUUUUGCGAUUUGUGAUAGAAAAAAGUGAAGGAUUUUUUUUUUGAGAAACUUUGUUUAUUUCGCACACUGUUAUUGACCGGCCCAAACCGUAUAAGAUUUUAAAAUGACUGAUAAAGUUUUCAAAGUUUUUUUUGAACAAUCUUCUUUCCUAGAGAACUGAUAGAUCUUUGUUCUCAUACUAGAAAAAAAACACACUGAAGUUUUCAGACAGCGGAGGAGUGCCCCGAUUUCCCAUUACCUCUCCCUACAACAAAUCUCGCCACAACGCUUCUCAAAGGACCAGCGAUACCCUUCCUGUGAACUUUUCUGGUGUUCGAACCAAACCUGUUAAUCCACGAGGUGGGGUUCUGCAACAACAUCGUAAAUCUGUGGAAUAUGGGCCGGAAUGGGUUUUACAGUUGUUGAACUUUUGGUCUUCUGCUAAAAACAAAUAUUGCGAGAAAAAGCUUAAAGACAACUGAAUUGUUUUUACAGGGUCCAUUCUGCCUCAACAAGGUUCUGACGUCUACAGAGCACCGCCGCCGCAGUACAACGUUUGGCAGCAAAGCAGAGCGGCUGCACUUCCAAACUACCCUUCAAACGGGCCAAGUGCCAUGGGAUAUGAUAACGUCCCGAAAAAUUCGCUGGUCUACGAAAACGCGUUUCCGCAGGAAAGGUGAGUGUCGAAUGAGCAAAUUUUCGACUUUGACUAAAAAAGUCUAUCCUAAAAAUUAAUAACUUUAAAAAAAGUAUAAAUUGCAGUUAAAAAUAAUGCAUAUGAGCUAUUAAAAAUCAAUAAUCGAUUUUUAAAAAAACACUAGAAACUUUUAUAAUUGAAGUCAAAAUGAUGUGAAUAAGCCUUAAAACUGUAAGUUGAAAACUGCUAAACUUCGAUAUUUUUCAGACCUUGGGACCAAGUUUGCACUGGAUCGAUUGGCAGAGCCAUGGCCAAUCAGCUCAAUGAACUGAAAAUUCAUGACGGGACUCAGACUCUCCCAGCUGGUAUGUUUUUUUUUUUUGAAAAUAACCUUUAAUAUUCAAUUUUCAGGUCGUAUCCGAGCUCGGGUUCCAAUUGGACAAACCUUCUCUCCGAUUGCGGAACAGGCUAUUAACUCUCCUGGUUCCGCUAAAUUGAACAGGCCAAGUGGGUACUCUAAAGCAAGAAAAAAAAGAAGUUAAGGAUGUCAAAAAAGAAGAAAAAUGCGUGGAAAUACAUUCAUGGUUUUUUAAUUCGAACUUUUUUCGAAGCAUUGAUUUUUAAGAUACUAUUAAAUUCAAUCCAAUAGGACUGAAAAUACAUUUAAAACUUGAAAAAAAGCUAAUUUCAACGUUUUAUAAGAGUCGGAACGAAUGAGUCUACAAAACCUUCAAAAAAAGUCGAGAAGCCCGAAAUUUGGAAAACAUUCCCAACCAAUUUAUGAUUUUCCGGAAAACUUAGCAAACAUAUCGAAACUACAAACAGCUUCGAAAUAUAUCAAAAAGUUUGAAAAAGCAAGGAAAUGAUCAAAUUAGAACGCAAAAGAUUCGCAUAAACAAAAUAAUUUCUUUUCCUAAUGUUUUUUUGAUUUUUUUGUGAGAAAACAAAGGAAAAACUUUAAAAAGCGAAGAAGAAAUUCUCUGAAGGAAUGAAAUGCAUUUCCAGGAAUCAAUGGUUCCCGAACCACUUGUGAUCGUGAAGAAUCGCUGGGCCUAACAAAUAGCCCGAGAUUGGACACUCGGGCCAGCAGCGUCGUUUCUUCAUUGACUUUCGCUUGCUCGACUUUGGAGAGAGGUUUUGAUUUUUUUCUUUUACUAAAAGGUAACAAAAAAAGGUGUUAGAAAAAUACAUUAGUUAUAAAAACAGCUUUUUAAAGACUCAUUUCAAAAAAAUGCUGGUUUUUAUUAAGGGAAAAAAAUUGAAAAAGUUUCGGGUUUGUUGCUUAGUUGUUUUUUAAGGCUAGGGAAGUAUUGAAAACUUUUUGAGGAGGAAAGAAUGUUUGAAAUGAUCCAGGAAAGAACAUACACGAUAAUUCCAAAAUUGUUUUUUGAAAGCUGGAGUUGAAAUAACGAGACGCGGAUCGGACGUGUCGGGGCAUUUUCAGGGUCCACUUUAGUAGCCUCGACUCUCUUAAGUAAUCCCUAGAAUCGCCCAAAAACGUCCGGAGCACGUCCGUUUUACUAAUUUCCAAUAAUGACGUGUGUCUGGGAAGUUUUCGAAAUGGAGCGAAAAUGGUUCGAGAAACGUCGAUAAACAAGAAUCCUUCGGGAAACAUUGUUCAAUAUUAUGCUUCCUCUCUUAAUUUCAAAGUUUAAAGGUUAGAAAUUCAGAAAAGUUUAUGAAAUUAUUAGGGAGAUGAGAUUUCCAAAUAACCGAAUUGAAUGAAUAUUUCAUUUCUUCAAAAUCUAGUUUUUUCAUGUGCAAGUAAAACUUGUGGUGAUUCACUUUUCCCAGGCAUUUCAACAUUUAAAAAUGUAGUUUUUGACGCAUUUCUCACAAUUAGAGCCAAGUAUAUCUUCACAGAUUUUAACCAAUAUGUAAGAAAUAUUCAGUUGGUUAAAAAAAAGCCGAUUCAUUCAUUUUUUUUGGCGUUCAGGAGGCUCACCUUCAAUCAGAAGCAUGCAACAAGGUCGUGCUCCUCUAGCCAUGCCGGAAGAACUCACUGGCAGCACCACCAACAGCUUGAUGAGCAACAGUAUGAAUUCAGAUCGGGAAUCUCGAGAAAAUAGCGUCGUGAGUCAAUUUUCAAGUUUUCCUUUCUAAAUAUGACGAUAUUCAGACAAUCAUUGCAAAUUACGAAGAUGCUGCAAAUGGCUCUAAGGUAAGACACAUUUUAUAUUAAUCACGUUUAAUUUGAAUUUUCUAGGUUCCCGGGGAACACUUCGAAAAGGCGUCCUCUCCUGGAAGUCCACCGUCUCCGAACACUUCGCAGGCUGUGAUCUUCGACGCUCUUUAUGGAUCGGUACUUUUUUUUGUCUUCAACUCUGAAUAUUUUCUUGAAACCUCAGACCGCACCUAGAGGUCGUAGAUUGUCUUCCAACAGCAAAAGCGCGGCCGCUCCGCUCUCUCCAGCUGGAACCGGUGAGUUUUUUUUCUUUCAGAUCUGUUGAAAAAAUGAUUUCUGAACAAAAUCCCUUUAUGAUCAGUAACCUUUUUGCAGACUGCAGCGACAGCACAAUGGCGUCCUCCUGCUCCCUUCAAAUGAUCUCCCAAAUAUCGCACACUCCGCCGUCUGUCAAAUCGCCCACGCGUAAUGAUGCCAACCUUCUGUAAGUCUUGUCUCACGAGACUCGAUGAAAUCGUUCGUUCUAGCGGCUCUGAAGUUCGAUUGAGGCCCGAAUUCCGCAGUCCGGACAGCACUUCUAGCAAAACUACGAGUGGAAGUUCGCGCUCGAUAAAUAUGGCCGAGGAAUGGAAACAGGUGAUUCGUUUGAGUUUUUGAACGGAUCAAAAAAAUUGAUCUCAGAGAAAAUUAGCUCGAAAAUUAUGGUUGGCUGAGUAUUGAAAAUUCAUCGCCAAAAAAGCGAAAAUCUUUGGUUUUAGAUAACUAAGGUAUCCUGAAGGGAAGUAGUAGAGCUAGCAAAAAACUAAACUUCUCAGAGAUCUUUUAAUUUGUACAAAAUGGAACCUCUAUUAUUUCUCAGAAUUCCGAGAACCUGGGAAAAAGUUAGUUACCCAAUGAUUUUCGCCCCAUUUCAGAGUAACCUAUCAAUGUUUGAAUCCUUUGUCCAUUUGAACCCAAAUAAUGGCCAUUUGAAGCGAUUUGAACUGUGGGAAUGGCUGAGUCCGUGUAAAUAAGAUAGAAGAGGAGCCGCCGACAAGUCAUAACCUUUCAACUCGCCGCGAAACAAUUCAAACUUUUGAGUGAACCCAAAUUCGCUGUAGCGUGAUGUAACGUGAUCAGUUGGAAAUUCGAAAACGUAUUUUCAAGUUAUAUGAUAUUUCGUGAAAAGCUAAAUUUUGGAUAAGUUAGAUUUUACUGCGAAAAAAUAAAAUAAUCACUGCAUAUUAUGAAUUUUUUUUUGGCAGGUAUUAAGUAUUAUGAAAAGAUGCAGAAUUGUUCAUUUGCUUCCUUUUUCUGGUCAAAAAAGUUUCCAUCCGAUUUUGGCUUUUAGUUGAGUCACUGCGCUUCGAUGUGCUGUAAACUAUUUUUUCACAUUGCACUCAUAGCGCUCAGACUAUGGAGCUCCAAAAAUGUUAAAAUAUAAUAUUUUGUGGGGUCGAAUGACCUCAAACUACAUUUCCGCGAAUUUUUUUCCCGAAUUCUCAAAAACUUGAAAAAGCCUUUUUUUCUCAGGUUAUUUAGAGUCUUAUCCUGAUAUUAUUUUUACUGCGGUUAAGAAAUCGUGCUAACAAUUUUUUUCAAUGAUAUUAGAGAAAAAAAGAAUGAUAUUUCACUCUUCGCUGUGAUCAAAAUUGACUUGGACUAAUCAAAAAAAGUUUUCUCCAACUUUUCACUGUCGUUUUCUUGUUUCAAAUACGUGAGGUGGUUAGUCAGGGUUCCAUAUUUCAGAUCGACGAGAUUCUGGCGUCCUACGGAGCCGCACCUUGCCGCGAAUCGGUUUUCAUGAGGGAAUACGAGCCUCAAGUCGCCGUUUUUCUGAGAGAUCGAAGGUCCCAAGCGCUCACCCUUCAGUUGGUCAACUCUCCCCUCAACACUCGACCCAACUCCAUUGAACUCGAUAAGGAACGCCGUCAGCCGACGGUGCGCUUUGCUUUCGUGCUUUUCUACUUGAUCUGUCGCAGUUUCAAAAUGUCAUUAGGGGUUUUUGUCAUCCGUUGGAGUUUUGAGGCUUUUCGUGUACAAAUAAUCUUUGCUAUAUCUUUAAAAAAGGAUAUUCAAUUGAUACAAUAUUAAUUAAAAACUGUGCUGGCAACUGUACAGUUUUUUCAACAAGUUUUUGUCAAUAUUUAUUUUUAUAGAGUUUCCGUGAAUCAAUUUUUUUGAAUCCGUUCAAAAAUAUUUUUUGGGGUGUUCUGUGAAAUUAGAAAAACUUCAAAAGUGGCUCUUCGCUUCGAAAUUUCAACUUUAAAGUCAAAAAUAACUUUUUUUAGUUCCGAGCAGCCCGCAUAAUUUCAUUCUUUCCGUUUUGUAGCAAAAUUGACGAAUUUGCGUAAAGCCUCUAAAGAACUUUUAUCCUCUCUGUUCCAAACUAAAAGCUACUCAUAAUACUCAAAAAAAAAUUAGGAAUUUUUAGAACAUCCUCAGCGUGCCAGAAUGGCUUGAAAUGAAGGUCGGUUUGCCUUCGGCCGUUGCUCGGGACAUUGGAGCUCUCCUGGUCAAAUACGGAUUCGACUCCUGUAAUCAACUGGUGAGCAUCACCUUUUAUGAACUUCUCACCUUCGUCCUAUUUUUUUCAGAAAGGUAGCUUGACAUGGGAAACCUUGGCAGCUCUAAAUAUUCCCGAGCCAAUUCAAAUGCACAUUAUGCAUGGCUUGGAUGUUCUGGAAGAUCGCAAUCCUGAAGCCUGUGAGAUUUCAAAAUUUGAAAAAUCAACCGAAACUUCACGAUUUCAGAUACCUUCUACUACGUCUCGGAUUGGCUUUGUUCUUUGGACUUGACCAGUUAUUUGGGAAACUUCCUCAAUGAAGGAUUCAAGUCUAUGAAAAUUAUUCGCGGGGCCGAGAUCACCAAGCCCGUUUUGAAGGCUUGUGGGAUUUUUUUCCGCUUCAGAAUUUGAUCUUUCAGAAGCUUGGAGUCGAACUUCCUGGCCACAUGGCUCGUAUAUUAUACUCUCUUCGUCGAGGAGAAGAAAUCGAAGCCGUUGCUUUGAACAAGACUUCUCCUCGCAAAAAUAAUCAUUCUGAAUACGCUCGAUUGGAAAAAGAAACGUAACAUCUAAAUUAUUUCAUUUAGAUUGAAGAUUCGAAUUUCAGGCUCAGAUCUAAGAACUCCGAAAGUCCUGAUCCAGAACUUGGAAGACGGGACAAGCUCAUGAGUGACGGAGUUCUUUUUUCAGCUCAUUUCCUUGGGAAAACUGAGAUUUCCAAUAUUGAUGGUACUGAUGAAAGUCGAAGAGUCAUGGAAAAAAUGAAGGUUUUUUUUACAACUUCUUUGAACUUCAAUAAGUUUGAAAAAAAUUACAGAAGGCAAUCCGCGACAUCGUUAAUGUCCCUCAAGUGUUCUUGGAAAUUUCUGUCGACGGCGUCAGGAUUCUCGACAGCGUUAAAAAGGUAGAACAAGUUCAAAAGCCCACAUUAAAGUCCAAAAACUAACUUCAGAGCGUCAUGGCAGUGCACGAAGUUUCGAGGAUUCAAAUCGUUUGUCAAGAUGAACGCGAUUUGAACUGUUUCACGUACAUUACGCAGGACAAUGAGAAGAACUUCUGCCACGUUUUUCUGCGUCCUGACAGCGGUCCGAUUUUCUGAAAAUUUUUUUAUUCAAUAUUUUUUUGAAAUGGGAGCUACGAGGCACAAAAAUCUUUGAAACAGGCGUUAAGGAUAAAAAAUUAAGAAUUCGCUUGAAAAACAGAGAAAAGGUCGAAAUUUUUAGUUAGUCUUAUCCUUAUUCUUGGACAAAUUUGGAAUGGUGGAUAAUGGCCGCUAAAAAGUAGAAGCUCGAAAAAGGUUGCGAAAAGGCAGCAAAAAAGUCCCUUUAUCGAGCUCUCCAUUUUUUCAAGAAUUAGGAAGGCUUAAGGAAAAAGGAAGAAGCAGCAAAAAUGGUGCACAACAGCUGAUGAAAAGGCGCAAAAAGGGACCCUUUCACCCUAAAAAAAAUUCAUUUGGAGCCUGUUUUCACCUUCCCGAUUUUGCCUAUGGGUGGUCAAUAAACCAAUUAUUGGAUGACUUACAAAAGAGAAAAGUGCUGAAAAAAUGAAGUUUCGGUUGAAAAGUUUAUCUGUAUGCUGAAUCGGAUGACAUUCCCUGUUAUUAUAUCUUCUCAAGUUUUGCCAAAAAUUGUGAAAUUGAGGGGGGUGUACUAUCUUUAUCGAACACAGCUUCUGAGAAUGAUGGACAAAAAAACUUACGAAAAAAACGGUGACUGUAGCAAAAAGAAGAAGAGGUUAGACGCCUCAAAAGUACUUUUUCUCAAGUUAGCGGUGGAUAAAACCGAAAAUCACGAAAUAUCGAAGCUUGAACUAGUCUUAAAAUAAAACCUCAACAUUUUUUCGAUUCAGGACGUCGCCACCGAGAUCAUCGUCACCUUGGGCCAGGCCUUUGA